AUGCAGCCGGAGACAGCGAAGGAGACCGGGAGGAGGGGCCCGCGGGAGCGAGCGAACAAGGGCGCGCAGGGAGCAGGGGCCCGCGUGGGGCGCGCCCAGGCGGAGCCCCCCAAGCCGGGCUGGGCCCUCACGCUGGAGGGGCUGGCGGCCAUGCGGCCCGCGCAGCGCCACAGCCACCUGCUCUUCGGCGACCUGCUGGAGGACGUGCGCGCGACCGCUUGCCUCUUCCCGUGCGAGUCAGCGGAGGUGGGGUACCGCAUGCCGGACUCGCGUGCGUGGACGUUGCCGCUCGAGCCACCCGCGCAGCGCCAGGACCGGCUCCUAGGCGUCCUUAAGGCCGCCGAGGCCCGCGGCCGAGUCCGCGCGCUCCGGCUGCGCUACGCCCGCAUGCGGGCGGAGGAGAUCUCGCUCCUCAUUCAGAGCCAGAGGUCCGCGCGCGCCGCCAUCCGGCUGGAGCUGUUCCUGCCGCCGCAGCUGAAGCCCACGAGGAUCCCAGACCCCCUGGACCGGCAAGAGAGGAGGCGCGUGGAGACCAUCCUGGAGGAGAAAGUCCACGGCAGCAUCUUCCCACGUUGA